AUGGCGUUGAGGUUUGUCAUCGGCUCAUCACUACGGCCAGUUUUCAACAAUCAGGUUCGUAAUGUGGCUGCGUUAUCUAUAAAGGAUGUGCUGGCAAAUCAGCCAUCUUGUGAAGUCCAAACACUAAAAAACGGAUUCCGAGUUGCAGCUGAAGACAACGGGAAGCCGACGGCGACCGUUGGAGUAUGGAUUGAAACUGGAUCCCGUUACGAAACUGAAGAAAAUAAUGGCGUCGCUCAUUUCCUGGAGCGACUCAUGCAUAAAGGAACCAGUAAGCGUGCUUCUGCUACUCUCGAGAAAGAACUAGAGGCAAUCGGUGCCAGGAUGCAAUCUUAUACCACUCGAGAUCGUACUGCCCUUUUUGUGCAGUCGUCUUCCCAGGAUGUUGAGAAAGUGGUGGAUAUCAUUGCCGACGUCCUUCGCAACAGCAAAUUGGAUUCAUCUGCAAUAGAGAAAGAACGUGAAGUAUUGCUUCGUGAAUUAGAACAGAGUGAAGACGAUCUGCAAGGAAUGACGAUGGAUAAUCUUCAUACUGCUGCUUUCCAGGGCACGCCCAUGUCGAAAAGCCCAAUGGGCACGACUACGUCACUCAAGGCCAUCACCGCACAGCACUUGAAAGAGUGGCAGGAAGAUAACUAUCGUCCAAUCCGUAUGGUUCUCUCAGCUGUUGGUGGUAACUGUUCUAGCUCCAAGUUACAUGGCCUUGCUGAAAAAUAUUUCGGAGAUCUCAGCAACGAAUAUCCAAGAAAGGUCCCUGAGGCAGGUGGUAUUCGCUUUACUGGUAGCGAGUACAGAUAUCGUAAUGACUACAUACCGCACAUGUAUUCUGCUAUUGCCGUUGAGGGCGUUGGCUAUGGGCAUAAGGACGCACUUGCUCUUCAGAUGGCCAGUCAGUUCAUAGGCCAGUGGGAUGUUACCCAUGCAACCUCUCGUACUGCUCCUUCACGCUGGGUUCAAAAGAUUUCACAUGAGCAUGGUCUACAAUUUUUGCAACAUUUUAACAUUCACUACAAGGACACUGGCUUGUUUGGAGUAUACUAUGUAAGUGAUGGGGACGAUCUCGCCAAUUCACAAGGAAUAAUGAGAAGCAUCCAACAUGAGUGGAAGCACCUUGCGGCAGCUAUCUCCGAUGAAGAGACAACACUUGCACGCAAUCAACUUCGAACUGAACUUUACCAAAACCUUGAAACGAAUACCCAAAAGGCAGAGUACAAUGCAAAGGAGCUGCUCUACACUGGACAUGUACGAUCUCUAGCUCAGUUGGAAGAAGAAAUCUCAAAUAUUGACCACAAUGUUUUACGAGCAACCGUCUUCAGGCAUGUAUAUGAUAGAGAUACGGCGAAUGCCGGUGUUGGUCGUACCGAAGCCUUCGUGAGUUAUGCACAUACCCGUGCGGCAAUGUCGUGGUGGAGGUUGUAA